AUGAAUAUGAUGAUGAAACAACACGAUUCACGAGAUGAGGAUGUACCAUCAAGAAUGUUGUCUUCCAUCUUUUCUCAAUCUGAUUCCGGCCAUGGCUUCAGAAAUUCUGAUUUAUUGGCCAUCACUUCUCUUGAAUCUCUUGACGAAUGUGAAAAGGAUUUGAUUCCUAUGCUUAACGACAUUGCUAAACGCGUUGGUGCUACACCCGAGCGAAAUCAUGAAGCUCAUCAAUUAACAAUUAAUGGUAGACAAUCUCAGCUUCCUGUCAAUAACUCCCAGCUAGAGAAGAAAAAGACCACUACAUUCGAUCGUCUCAUUUAUCUACUGGAUCGCUACCUUGAUUUCUGCCGUUCCGUUGAAUUGAUCGCAUGGCCCAUCGAUCAUCUCAAAGUUGGUAUAUGGCUCAAGAAUGAUGUCAUCUCAGCCGUCAAAAAUAGUCGAAUGAAACCACUCAGAAAGACUGUAAGAUGCUAUGUUACAACACUCGAGAGCUGCAGAGUCAAGACUAGAAACAUCUUCAAGCUUGAUGGUCAAAUUGGCGGUCACCUCAUGCAUAGCCCUUUGAUUCAAGAGAUUCUCGACACUCUCUCUUGUGAUAGAGACAAUCUUGAAGAAAGAUUAGGAGUUGCCUUGGACUUCAACACUCCUGAACACGACGAUGCCGGAAUAGAGACUGUCCGAGAUCGAGUAUUGAUGAUGAUUAGGAAUAAUUCUGGUGAAGAUCAAACUGAGGAUGCUAUGGCGAUUGUCAAAGACGCUCGCGAAAUUGACCUGGAUGCAACUAGAGUCAACACACCGCCUACCACGCCUCAAAAACAAAAUAAACCAAAAUACAAGCCUGAUCCUCACCUUCAUACUCUUAAAAGAUAUCGCAACUUUUGCUUAGUCAAUAGAAUUCCUUGUUUCCCUGUGGAGUCAGUUCGUGUUUCUCUUUGGCUCAGAGAAUCUGUGCUUCUAUCUGCGACCCGACAAAAAGACAAACAAUCCGGUGUGAGUCUUCGAACGGUUCAGGUCUACCUUUCACGACUCGAGUAUGCUAGACUCAAGACGGAACACCUCUUCCAUGCCUUGCCCAUGGCAAGUGUAUCGCUCUACAAGUCACCGGAGGUCAACGAGAUCUUGCAAUCUUUGGGCGCAAACAUAAAUAAAGUUGAACCCGUCAACCCCAAGGUACCUUCGUCACCACUUUCGAACGUCUCUGUCAACUCCACAAAAGCUUCCAUCCCCGAUGUAACUUCGCAUGACAAAUGCCUCAAAGUCCUAACCAACAAACGUAAAUCUGAUGAUCGAAAUGUGAGCGAAGCCGAUGCGCACUUUCCACCACGAAAAUUUGUACGAAUGGGCGAAGAAAAUCAGGAUGGCUUCAAAGUCGAAAUUGAUGGUCCAAAGCCAUUUGACUGGGAAAAUGAUUUUUCCAAUCAUGAUGACCUUUACCUCAACCUCGAUCGUUCCCGAGAAUCUCGUAAUCUUCGAAAGCGUAAAACCCCUCCACCAUCUAUCAGAACGCAUCUUACCGAAUUUCCUCGAGUUCACUGCCAAUCACCUGUUACUCCAUCGGGUCCAAGUAUCGGUAAUAACAGUUUACCCUCCAUAACCGAAUGGUUUAACCCAUCAAGAAGCCCUUCACCAGUCAAGAAAGGAUGUAUUUCUUUCAUCCUUUGUCCUGAUGAAGACUCAGAUUGUAAGAGCCAAGGUACCUUUAGUUCAAUAGGUAGUCCUACUAGAAAUAGCGCUCAAAGAUCUGAAUUCCCAUUAUCACCCAUGAGUCUUACUCGAUCUCCUCAUACUAUUCGACCUUGGCCACCUCAUGCCAUUUCAGAUGUUCGUAACUCUUGA